AUGAUAAUCGAUUCACGAGCUUAUCUUAAACCUGAAUUAUUCCAAGAUUACAUGAGAUACAGGUUCUAUAAUAUUGACUAUUCUUCAAAAGUCAAAGGAAAUCUUCCGCCUUAUAUAACAGCUUAUCCAAACUUAUCUGUUAUUGAUAAAUACUAUAAGAAUAACACGGUCGCGUAUCCUCACAUUCCACCUUCUUUUUAUAUUUUUGAUAAUUGUUAUGCUUAUCCAGAUAAAAAUCCUUUAGAGAAGCAUUACGAAUAUGUGGAUGGAAAUUACACUUUUAGUGAAGUGUACAUUAAUAACUAUAUUAAUGCUACAGAAGAAGACUUUGCUGAUUUUAAGAAUGGUGAUUACUCUAUUAAGAAGGGUUCAAGAUUGAACAAGCUUGGUAUGGAUCCAGUUGAUAUGCAUGAAAUGGGCUUGGAAAAUAAAAAAUUGAAGAAGGGUGUUGUUGUGGGUGUUAUUGUAGCAAUAAUUGGACUCUUGGUUAUUGGUGUGAUAAUUGUGCUAAUCUAUCUUAAAAUUAAGAAAGACAAAGACGCUGAAAGAUCAACAGCCGAGAAACAAAUUGUAGUAUAA